UCCUCAUCCCGUGGGCGGCCCCACUCGCGUCGCGGGAGGCGGCUCCCUUCCCGCGGGGCCGCCUGGGAGCUGUAGUCCUCUUCCCGGCCCUCCCCAGCCAUGCAAGUGCCGGCGGCCGCGGAGCGCAACAAGGGCCCGAUCCUGGAGGUGCUGCGGGAGUACGCGGGGUGCGGAGCCCAGGCGGGGCCCGGCAGCCUGCGGGUGCUGGAGGUGGGGGCGGGCGCGGGGCUCCACGCCGCGCACUUCGCCCGGGCCCUGCCGCAGACUCGCUGGCAGCCCUCGGACAUCGACCCGCGGGCACUCCGCAGCAUCUCUGCCUACGUGGAGGCCGCGCGGGUGCCCAACUUGCUGCCCCCCAUCCCGCUGGACGUGGCACAGGGUUGGGAGAGCUGGGGGGGUGCCCAGCCUGGCACCCUGGACCUGCUGGUCAGCAUCAACAUGAUGCACAUCGCCGAGCUGCGCUGCACCGAGGGUCUGUUCAAGGGUGCUGGGGUGCUGCUGAAGCCUGGAGGUGUGCUCUUCACCUAUGGGCCCUACGCCGUGGACGGUCACAUCAGCCCCCAGAGCAAUGUGGACUUCGACCACAGCCUGAGGCAGAGCAAUCCCGCGUGGGGCCUCCGGGACACGGCGCUGCUGCGGCAGCUGGCACAUGCCAACGGGCUGUGCCUGGAGAGGAUGGUGGACAUGCCGGCCAACAACAAGAGCCUCAUCUUCCGCAAGCUGUGACCUGUGCCCGCGGCUCCUUCUGCAGCCUCCCGGCAGCUUCCCGGCACGGCUGCCCUGCUCCCUUGGUG